AUGGGAGUGCCAAAGUUCAAGCAUAUCUUCUUUAGGAGCUUUGUUGGGUCCAGUGGAGCAUCCCAGGUUGUGUUCACCUUCCUUAUGAUUUCUUGUUGCUUGACUAAGGAUUUCAGAGCACCCCCUUUUCUCACAGAUAUUCCUUUCCUGUGGGCUUGGAAUGCCCCAACUGACCUUUGUUCUAAGAGGUUUAAUGUGUCGAUUGAUUUGAGCCUCUUCUCUUUAAUAGGAAACCCCCAAAGAGAUGCCGUAGGACAACCCAUUACAUUAUUUUACAUUGAUAGACUUGGCUUAUAUCCUCAUAUAGAUAAGUAUGGCAACGAUCAUCAUGGAGGAAUCCCCCAGUUGGGUUCCUUACAAGCACAUUUGGCUAAAGCUAGAACAGACAUUGCCUAUUACAUGCCAAAAGACGACGUGGGCUUGGCCAUUAUUGACUGGGAAGAAUGGAGGCCUGUCUGGGCAAGAAACUGGAAACCUAAAGAUGUCUACAGAGAUCGGUCUACUGCCUUGGUUCAGCAACAAAAUCCACACCUUUCUGUCACAGAGGCCGCUAAUCUAGCCAAAGCACAAUAUGAAAUGGCAGGAAAGAAUUUCAUGCAAGAGACUUUAAAACUGGGAAAAUCACUUAGGCCAAAACACUUAUGGGGUUAUUAUCUUUUUCCUGAUUGUUACAAUCAUUAUUAUACUAAACCUCAAUAUAAUGGGUCUUGCUAUGAGUUAGAAAAGAGAAGAAAUAAUGAGCUCAACUGGUUGUGGAAUGAAAGCACUGCCCUUUUCCCUUCCAUUUAUUUGAAUACCAUCCUAAAAUCUUCUCCACGAGCUGCACUCUUUGUCCGUAAUCGUGUUCAGGAAGCCAUUCGGGUUUCUAAAGUACCAAAUGCUAACAGUCCACUUCCAGUUUUUAUAUAUACUCGUCCAGUUUUUACUGAUGUAUCUUCUCAAUACCUUACUCAGGAGGACCUUGUGAGUACAAUUGGUGAAACUAUUUCUCUAGGUGCCUCUGGAAUUAUAAUUUGGGGAAGCUUCAAUUUAAGCCAAAGUGUGGACACCUGCAUAAAACUGCAUGAUUAUAUGAAGACUACACUGAAUCCUUACUUAAUCAAUGUCACCUUGGCAGCCAAAAUAUGUCGCCAACUGUUCUGUCAGGAUCAAGGACUUUGCACAAGGAAAAACUGGAAUUCAGAUGACUAUCUUCACCUGAACCCAGUGAAUUUUGCUAUUGAAACAAGUGAAGAUGGACAAUUCAAAAUAAAAGGGGAGCCUUCAAAUGAAGACCUGCAAAACUUUGCUGAACAUUUUCAUUGCAGCUGUUAUACUGAUGUCGACUGUGAAAAGAAAGUUGAUAUAACAGAAACUCAUUCUAUUAAUGUAUGUGCUACUGAAGAUGUUUGUUUAAAUAUUAUUCUAAACUCAGAAGAUGACAUAUUGCAUUCAAGUAUAGUGCUCUUUUUAUCAUUUUUAUUAUUAGUAUUAAUAUUAAUUAUUGUAGCAGCAAUAGUUUUUGUGAAAACAAAUUCUAUAGGGUGA